GACAUGCAGCAUGCAACAGGACUCCGAGAGCAGAAAACACACUUCAGACAACACGCAAACGCAGGAGGAUUCUUACGCAUAAAGAGGAUUGACAUUUGAAAUGCACUCAGGAUGCAACCAGAUAGCAGCAAACUGAACUGAUUGCACGGAUAACCGCUGAACUUUAGAUCUGAAAAGCUUCAUUGUGGAGUAAAUAAAGUCUGUGACGCACCAUGUUGUGCUUUCACGGAUUGAUGCAAGCAUGCACCUAAUUUGAGUUUGUGGGCAAAAUGGAGAGGAGCAUCGUUCCUGUCGCGUUUCUGUCGUUUGUGAUGAUGCUGGAGGCGCAGAUGGUUUGCUGGCACGCGCUGAUGCGAUGUCAUGAAGAGCGUGAUUGUGAGCUCGCAUAUAACCAGUAUUUGACGGCAUGCGAUGGGAUCAUCCGAGGAAGCAGACGCCAGUGUCCAAGCCACUGCAUCAGCGCGCUCAUCCGCCUCAACCAGACCACAGACGGCCCGUUACUAGAGACCUGUGACUGCGGGACCGACCCCGAGUGUCUGCGGGCCAAGCGCGCCGUGGAGCCCUGUCUGCCGCGGACACAUCCGGGUGAUGCCGAGGGGAUCGGAUGCACCGAAGCGCGCCAGCGGUGUGAAGACGAGCCCAGCUGUCAAUCAUCUCUCACCGCGUAUCUGUCCCGCUGCGGACAGCUGUUUAACGGGAGGAAGUGUUCGUCUCGGUGCAGAUCCACCAUCGAGGAGCUGCUGUUGAAGCCCAGUGGUGUGCUGCUCAAUCAGUGCGUGUGUGACGGUGUCGAGAGGCCGUUCUGUGAGGUGGUCAAACAGAAUAUGGUCAAACUGUGUUCGAUUGGAGUCAACAGCGUCUCCAUGGACCACGAUGGCACAGACGAUGCAUACGAGGACGAGGAAUACGAGGCGAGACCGACUGAUGCUGAUGCAGUGAUGUCUCUAACACGCGCUUUGACUCUUUCUCAACACGUGGUUUUGCUGUGCAUUGCAUUUGCUCUGGCGUUCACACUUUAAAGUGACGGAUUGAACAUCUGUGACCCUGGAGCACAAAACCG